GUCAUGUAGCACCCUAAAACUGCUGUAUGUUUCAUUUGCAGAAAACUGUUUGUGGGUGGCUUGGACUGGAGUACAACGCAAGAAACUCUUCGUAGCUACUUCUCCCAGUAUGGAGAAGUUGUAGACUGUGUAAUAAUGAAAGACAAAACAACAAACCAGUCUCGAGGAUUUGGAUUUGUCAAAUUUAAAGACCCCAACUGUGUGGGAACAGUACUGGCCAGUAGACCUCAUACGUUAGAUGGCCGAAAUAUUGAUCCAAAGCCAUGUACACCUAGGGGGAUGCAACCAGAAAGGACACGACCGAAGGAAGGAUGGCAGAAAGGAUCCAGGAACGAUAACAAUAAAUCAAAUAAAAUUUUUGUUGGUGGAAUUCCUCAUAACUGUGGCGAGACAGAGCUCAGGGAAUACUUCAAGAAAUUCGGAGUGGUCACUGAAGUUGUAAUGAUCUAUGACGCAGAGAAACAGAGGCCCCGAGGUUUUGGAUUUAUUACUUUCGAGGACGAACAAUCAGUGGACCAGGCUGUCAACAUGCAUUUUCACGACAUCAUGGGCAAAAAAGUGGAGGUGAAACGCGCAGAACCUCGCGAUAGCAAAAGCCAAACUCCAGGGCCGCCCAGUGCCAGUCAGUGGGGAAGCAGGAUCAUGCCAAGCGCUGCCAAUGGCUGGGCAGGUCAGCCCCCUCCGACCUGGCAGCAAGGAUACGGCCCUCAAGGGAUGUGGGUGCCAGCUGGACAGGCAAUUGGUGGAUAUGGACCACCUCCUCCAGGAAGAGGAGCUCCUCCACCACCACCACCAUUUACCUCAUACAUAGUCUCUACACCUCCGGGAGGGUUUCCACCUCCACAAGGAUUUCCACAGGGCUAUGGCACCCCUCCACCAUUUAGUUUUGGUUAUGGUGCUCCGCCUCCUCCACCUGACCAGUUUGCCCCACCUGGAGUACCCCCUCCACCUGCCACUCCAGGGGCAACACCACUAGCUUUUCCUCCACCACCACCACCAUCUCAGGCAACUCAGGACAUGAGCAAACCCCCAACUGCUCAGCCAGAAUUCCCUUAUAGUCAGUUUGGGUAUGGACAAGACUUGAGUGGUUUCGGACAAGGUUUCUCUGAUCCCAGCCAGCAACCCCCUCCCUACGGAGGCCCCUCGGUGCAACCAUCCAGUGGCCCACCGGCAGGAGGAAGUGGUUUUGGACGAGGACAGAACCAUAACGUGCAAGGAUUUCACCCCUACAGGCGCUAGCGUGGGCUGGCAAUCAGGGAAUUCUGUCCACAGGGAUGUCUGGUACCAGCCGAACCCAGGAAUCCCAGACUUCUGAACUUGUGACAAUCACAUACUUGAUGGAAGAAAAACCUAACAACAUUUUUUUUUU